UCGGCUUUCGUUGCUGGACAAUAACAACAGUGCUCCUACAGUGACACCUGAAGUGAACACAGCCUGGGACGGAGCUUUGGACUGGCGCGAUGGCUUCGUCAAGUUCACGGACGUCUAAGACGUACGGCUACAGGCAGCGCGCACUGUACUUGGCAGAUACGAACGAAUAACACUUGAGGACAUUUCAGGAAGGAAGGUAAAACCCCAGCUGCUACGGUUCAGCAUCCCAAGAGACAACCUUGAAUUCUACAAAACUAAAUGCUGCCAAGCUGACCGCAUGUCUGGACUGGUAACCUACACUGCCAGGUGCCCAAGGGUGACGCCCACAUCCAGCAAUGCUCUCGGUAAAGCUGCCCAGGCUCCUCCGCGCCCACCAGGUGCCCAAAGUGUUUCAUGAAGACAGCAUUUUAGAUGGCUACCGCCAUCCCCAAAGCUCCGCCUUCAGCUGCAUCCUCAGUGUUUUCCAGUUGACCAAUGAGACCCUCAACAUCUGGACGCACUUCCUACCAACUUGGUACUUCCUGUGGAAGCUCAUUGCCUAUGUCUACACACUGGAUGUGUUCACCGAGCCCUACCUCUGGCCACUUAUCGUCUACCUUGUCUCUUGCUGCAUCUACCCCUUCACAUCCAGCUGUGCACACACCUUCAGCAGCAUGUCUCCUCGAGCCAGGCACAUAUGCUUCUUCUUCGACUACGGUGCUCUCAGUCUCUACAGCCUUGGUUCUGCCAUUGCCUACUCCACCUACAGUGUGCCAGACAAGCUGGUAAGCAGCAUGUUCCACAGUUGCUAUGUGCCAAUUGCCGUGUGUAACACUGUUGUGUGCACUGGGCUCUCCUGUUAUUCCAGGCUGGGUCUGCCCUUUCUGAAAUAUAACCCCGAGAUCAACAAAAGAAUACCUGAAAUAGAGCGCCCCAGGUUCAGCAAGGUCUUACGUGUCCUUGCCUUUGCCUUCCCAUACCUGUUUGACAACAUUCCCAUCUUCUAUCGGAUCUUCCUGUGUUCCGGAGAAGGCUGCACUAACAAUGAGACAAAUGCACUGCAUUAUCAGCACAUUAUGCUGGCCUUUCUCACCGCCUUUCUUUUUGUCACACACUUGCCAGAAAGACUGGCCCCUGGCUGCUUUGAUUACGUGGGCCACAGCCACCAGCUCUUUCACAUGUGUGCAGUCAUCGGAACACAUUUCCAGAUGGAGGCUGUCAUCAUGGACAUGAACCUCAGACACACUUGGCUGAUGAGCAAUGCUCCUCCAGUGACCUUUGCCUGGACUAUUGGUGCAGCACUGGUGUGCAUUACGUUAAGCCUUCUCCUGAUUCUGAUUUUUUCUUUGCCCCAUUUUUGGAGUCCAUUCUCCUCCAAAAAUGACAAGACAACAUAGCUGCCUGAAGGAAACUUAUGAAGGAGUGGACAGCACAAGGCUUGUCAUGCUAAUGCCAUGAAUGGAAUUGUAAGGCCAGUUAAGCUCCUUGCUGCUAUAAGAACAGAUUUUGUAGCCCUGGGUAAUUCCAGUCAUUUGAAGGUUCCAAGGGCUACAAAGCCAGUGUUUAGUUUAGAAGCACUCCAGCUUCAAUGGAGACAAAAGGCUGAAGCUGCUGCAUACAUGCAAAAAUUACAUGAGCUUCUUACACUCUAGUGAAAAAUGGGUAAGAGUGGUGGCUACAUCUCAUGCACUAUUUCCAAAACUUUUAAGAACUCCAUAUAGUUCUCUGGAUCCAGUUUUAAUAACGAUAACAGAAAACAAAACUUCAUUUUGCUGGAGUACAGAACAUGAAGAAAAUCUAGAAGCUUAUAUAAGCAAGGAGAAUUUGUAGAUAUCAUAUACAAGAUUCAUAAAACACUAAAAUGGAGGAUAUCAUUGGUCUUGGCAAUUGGUUAAUAUCAAACUUAUGUCAACUGUAUUUUCUAACUAAUCUUAUCCCAAUGUGACAGAACACAUGACCAUGUUAAGUAAAUGCUAAGCACUUAGGUCAAAAUUUCUAAUGUUUGAGAUGCAUCAGUAGAGAAUUUGCUUGCUGUCUGCUUGUUACGAGGAAACUUCUGGAACCACUUUUGGUUCUGGUCUUAUAACACAAUAGGUCACUAAUGGCAAAUGCUGCCUAUUAUUAUAUGAGACACAGAACAAUGUAUAGCACUUCUUAUCGACACAUGAGGAGCUGGGGGACCAAUCACAAUUGAGGCACAAAUGUUGUUGCCUUAUUGUUAGUGCCUUACUUAUAAACAGUCAAAACUAUUUUUUUUCUUUUAUCACAGUGUUGUUUUUUUUUUUUUUGUACUGCAUUUUAAUGAACAAGUCCAGUAUUUUGUAAUAAAGCACAAAGUUAUAUAAAGCUUUUCAGUAAAAAGAAUUCCUGAAAA